GCCCUCUCUCUUCCACACGUCACUGGCGCCACCGUCCGCGCUACAUACUGCGCCUGCGCAAAGGCUGUGGCCUUUUUCCCACCCCCACUAGCUCCGCUGGGCCUGCAGGUCUCUGUCAAGCCGCGGACUCGGGUCUCUGUUCCGCAGGAUGGGGUUUGUUAAAGUUGUUAAGAAUAAGGCCUACUUUAAGAGAUACCAAGUGAAAUUUAGAAGACGACGAGAAGGUAAAACUGAUUAUUAUGCUCGGAAACGCUUGGUGAUACAAGAUAAAAAUAAAUACAACACACCUAAAUACAGGAUGAUAGUUCGUGUAACAAACAGAGAUAUCAUUUGUCAGAUUGCUUAUGCCCGUAUAGAGGGGGAUAUGAUAGUCUGCGCAGCAUAUGCACACGAACUGCCAAAAUAUGGUGUGAAGGUUGGCCUGACAAAUUAUGCUGCAGCAUAUUGUACUGGCCUGCUGCUGGCCCGCAGGCUUCUCAAUAGGUUUGGCAUGGACAAGAUCUAUGAAGGCCAAGUGGAGGUGACUGGUGAUGAAUACAAUGUGGAAAGCAUUGAUGGUCAGCCAGGUGCCUUCACCUGCUAUUUGGAUGCAGGCCUUGCCAGGACUACCACUGGCAAUAAAGUUUUUGGUGCCCUGAAGGGAGCUGUGGAUGGAGGCUUGUCUAUCCCUCACAGUACCAAACGAUUCCCUGGUUAUGAUUCUGAAAGCAAGGAAUUUAAUGCAGAAGUACACCGGAAGCACAUCAUGGGCCAGAAUGUUGCAGAUUACAUGCGCUACUUAAUGGAAGAAGAUGAAGAUGCUUACAAGAAACAGUUCUCUCAAUACAUAAAGAACAGCGUAACUCCAGACAUGAUGGAGGAGAUGUAUAAGAAAGCGCAUGCUGCUAUACGAGAGAAUCCAGUCUAUGAAAAGAAGCCCAAGAAAGAAGUUAAAAAGAAGAGGUGGAACCGUCCCAAAAUGUCCCUUGCUCAGAAGAAGGAUCGGGUAGCUCAAAAGAAGGCAAGCUUCCUCAGAGCUCAGGAGCGGGCUGCUGAGAGCUAAACCCAACAAUUUUCUAUGAUUUUUUCAGAUAUAGACAAUAAACUUAUGAACAGCAACUA